GGGUCGUGAAGAGCCGAAAGGACAUAAAGUCUCGAAUCAGAUCUUUAAGUUCUUAUUCGAGCACCAAGCUCAAAGAGCUCUUUAUCUUACUACGGACGUCCACCUCAACUCGCCAAGAUGAGGGUGGUCCUGUUAGUAAUGGGAAUAGGAAUGGUUUUGGGAUGUUUAGCAGACCAAGAACAACAGCCCGUCAAGGAAAAUGCAGAUAUAGAAGUCGACAAACGACGAGUCAUCUAUGCUCCAGAGUGCCGAAGAUACACUGUCUUCAACAGCUUUGACCGAGCGAUGGGCAAUACCGCACAGAAUAGCAUCAGGUGUGACCAGAAAGACCUUCCUGGUAAUCUCUGGUACCGCUUCCUCGGCGCAGCAGGAAAUGCCAUGCCAACAAGUUGUGUACCUGUGAAACGCUGUGGUACCCAUGCCCCUGGAUGGAUGGUCGGAUCUCAUCCCAGCCUUCGUUACAGCCUGGUGACACGCAAGGUGUGCUAUCACUGGAGUGGCAGCUGCUGCAGGUGGAGCAACAACAUCAAAGUCAGGAACUGUGGCGGAUUUUAUGUCUACCAGCUACCCAAGACACCCAACUGUUGGCUUCGCUACUGCGGCAAUCGGGGAUCGCUUCCACCACCUCCUCCUCCUCCAGAGUGCCGAAGAUACACUGUCUUCAACAGCUUUGACCGAGCGAUUGGCAAUACCGCACAGAAUAGCCUCAGGUGUGACCAGAGAGACCUUCCUGGUAAUCUCUGGUACCGCUUUCUCGGCGCAGCAGGAAAUGCCAUGCCAACAAGUUGUGUACCUGUAAAACGCUGUGGUACCCAUGCCCCUGGAUGGAUGGUCGGAUCUCAUCCCAGCCUUCGUUACAGCCUGGUGACACGCAAGGUGUGCUAUCACUGGAGUGGCAGCUGCUGCAGGUGGAGCAACAACAUCAAAGUCAGGAACUGUGGCGGAUUCUACGUCUACCAGCUACCCAAGACACCCGUCUGUAUGCUUCGCUACUGCGGCAAUCGGGGAUCGCUUCCACCUCCUCCUUCUCCAGAGUGCCGAAGAUACACUGUCUUCAACAGCUUUGACCGAGCGGUGGCCAAUACCGCACAGAAUAGCCUCAGGUGUGACCAGAGAGACCUUCCUGGUAAUCUCUGGUACCGCUUCCUCGGUGCAGCAGGAAAUGCCAUGCCAACAAGUUGUGUACCUGUGAAACGCUGUGGUACCCAUGCCCCUGGAUGGAUGGUCGGAUCUCAUCCCAGCCUUCGUUACAGCCUGGUGACACGCAAGGUGUGCUAUCACUGGAGUGGCAGCUGCUGCAGGUGGAGCAACAACAUCAAAGUCAGGAACUGUGGCGGAUUCUACGUCUACCAGCUACCCAAGACACCCGUCUGUAUGCUUCGCUACUGCGGCAAUCGGGGAUCGCUUCCACCUCCUCCUCCUGCAGAGUGCCGAAGAUACACUGUCUUCAACAGCUUUGACCGAGCGAUUGGCAAUACCGCACAGAAUAGCCUCAGGUGUGACCGGAGAGACCUUCCUGGUAAUCUCUGGUACCGCUUCCUCGGCGCAGCAGGAAAUGCCAUGCCAACAAGAUGUGUACCUGUAAAACGCUGUGGUACCCAUGCCCCUGGAUGGAUGGUCGGCUCUCAUCCCAGCCUUCGUUACAGCCUGGUGACACGCAAGGUGUGCUAUCACUGGAGUGGAAGCUGCUGCAGGUGGAGCAACAACAUCAAAGUCAGGAACUGUGGCGGAUUCUACGUCUACCAGCUACCCAAGACACCCGUCUGUUGGCUUCGCUACUGCGGCAAUCGGGGAUCGCUUCCACCUCCUCCUCCAGAGUGCCGGAGAUACACUAUUUUCAACAGCUUUGACCGAGCGAUUGGCAAUACCGCACAGAAUAGCCUCAAGUGUGACCAGAGAGACCUUCCUGGUAAUCUCUGGUACCGCUUCCUCGGCGCAGCAGGAAAUGCCAUGCCAACAAGUUGUGUACCUGUAAAACGCUGUGGUACCCAUGCCCCUGGAUGGAUGGUCGGCUCUCAUCCCAGCCUUCGUUACAGCCUGGUGACACGCAAGGUGUGCUAUCACUGGAGUGGCAGCUGCUGCAGGUGGAGCAACUACAUCAAAGUCAGGAACUGUGGCGGAUUUUAUGUCUACCAGCUACCCAAGACACCCGUCUGUUGGCUUCGCUACUGCGGCAAUCGGGGAUCGCUUCCACCUCCUCCUCCAGAGUGCCGAAGAUACACUGUCUUCAACAGCUUUGACCGAGCGAUUGGCAAUACCGCACAGAAUAGCCUCAGGUGUGACCAGAGAGACCUUCCUGGUAAUCUCUGGUACCGCUUCCUCGGCGCAGCAGGAAAUGCCAUGCCAACAAGAUGUGUACCUGUAAAACGCUGUGGUACCCAUGCCCCUGGAUGGAUGGUCGGCUCUCAUCCCAGCCUUCGUUACAGCCUGGUGACACGCAAGGUGUGCUAUCACUGGAGUGGAAGCUGCUGCAGGUGGAGCAACUUCAUCAAAGUCAGGAACUGUGGCGGAUUUUAUGUCUACCAGCUACCCAAGACACCCGUCUGUUGGCUUCGCUACUGCGGCAAUCGGGGAUCGCUUCCACCUCCUCCUCCUCCAGAGUGCCGAAGAUACACUGUCUUUAACAGCUUUGACCGAGCGGUGGCCAAUACCGCACAGAAUAGCCUCAGGUGUGACCAGAGAGACCUUCCUGGUAAUCUCUGGUACCGCUUCCUCGGUGCAGCAGGAAAUGCCAUGCCAACAAGUUGUGUACCUGUGAAACGCUGUGGUACCCAUGCCCCUGGAUGGAUGGUCGGCUCUCAUCCCAGCCUUCGUUACAGCCUGGUGACACGCAAGGUGUGCUAUCACUGGAGUGGAAGCUGCUGCAGGUGGAGCAACUACAUCAAAGUCAGGAACUGUGGCGGAUUCUACGUCUACCAGCUACCCAAGACACCCGUCUGUAUGCUUCGCUACUGCGGCAAUCGGGGAUCGCUUCCACCUCCUCCUCCAGAGUGCCGGAGAUACACUAUUUUCAACAGCUUUGACCGAGCGAUUGGCAAUACCGCACAGAAUAGCCUCAGGUGUGACCAGAGAGACCUUCCUGGUAAUCUCUGGUACCGCUUCCUCGGCGCAGCAGGAAAUGCCAUGCCAACAAGAUGUGUACCUGUAAAACGCUGUGGUACCCAUGCCCCUGGAUGGAUGGUCGGAUCUCAUCCCAGCCUUCGUUACAGCCUGGUGACACGCAAGGUGUGCUAUCACUGGAGUGGCAGCUGCUGCAGGUGGAGCAACAACAUCAAAGUCAGGAACUGUGGCGGAUUCUAUGUCUACCAGCUACCCAAGACACCCGUCUGUUGGCUUCGCUACUGUGGCCGCGGCUACUAAAAUGACUGAAAGACGAUCUGAACUCGACUUGGAAUGUAGCCCAUUUUUAAACUUCAAGAACGAAAAAGUCAACCCAAACAUGAAAAGUUAUAUGAAAAGUCAGUUAUAGUUACGCUAAAUAAUGAUAAAAAGAAACAUAAGGUAAUGUUGUGUAAUUCUUAAUUUUUGCAAGUUAUUUUAGUAAAUUGAAUAAUGAGCAUUGAA